UGCUGUGAACAUAGGUAUACAGAGAUCUUUUUGGAUGGGUGUGUUUGGUUCCUUAGGAUAUAUUCCCAAGAGAGGAAUUGCAGGGUCAUAGGGUAGGUUCAUUUCUAGCCUUCUGAGAGUUCUCCAGACUGCUCUCCACAGAGGUUGGACCAUUUUACAUUCCCACUAGCAGUGCAGGAAGGUUCCUUUGUUCUCACAGCCUCUUCAGCAUUUGUUGCUGCUACCUUUUCUGAUGUAUGACAUUCUCACAGGAUUGAAGUGGUAUCUCAUUGUUGUCUUUAUUUGCAUUUCUCUGACAAUCAAAGACUUGGAGCAUUUUUUUCACGUGUUUCUUGCUGUUUCUUUUCUUUUCUUUUUUUUUCUUACCAGAGAACUACUUAGCUCUGGUUUAUGGUAGAGGGGAAAUUGAACCUGAGACUGAAGCUUCAGGCAUGAGAGUCUCUUUGCAUAACCAUCAUGCUAUCUUCCAAGCUCAGAUAUAAGUUUUCUUAUUUAUGUUCUUAUGCUUGAAUCCACACCCAGAAAUGGUGUUUGUGUGUCUCAUCACAGCUCUGUUAACUUCUUGAGGAAGUUGCAUAGUAUUUCUCAGGAUAACUGGCUGGACCAAUUGACAUUUCCACCAACAGUACAAUUUUUCUUUUUCUCCACAUCUUCUACAGCACUUCUUCUCACUCAUUCUGAGAGCUGUGUUACACACAGACACACCGACUCACAGCAGAAAGCGACAGGACCCUGUUCCAACUCCUCCAGAGGAAAGGUUCUUGAGAUGAACAGUUUUGUAACCAAUGCCAUCGAGUCCAUCCAGGCCACCCUGAGCACAGAGGAACUGCAGUCCCUGCUGAGUGAUGCUGCUGUUUGGGAGAAGCUUGUGGCUGAGGCCCACUUGUCCAGGGAGGAGGCAGAUGCACUAUGUGCAGGUCUAAACAUUCUGAGAGCAGAUAUAGAAGACAUGGGACACAAGGAAGACAGUGGGCUUAUAGAAGACAUGCAAGAACAUGAGCACAAAGAAGAUAUGGGUGACAUGGAAAACAAAUACUUACUCCAAAAAGAACAAGAACAUAGGGAAAGGUUCCUGAAAGAGUUUCCUCACAUGAAAGUACAACUGGAGGAACUCAUAGCACAGCUCCACUCUCUUGCAGAUAAGGCAGACAGUGUGCACAGGAAAUGCACCAUCUCCAAUGUGGUGGCCCUCUCCACGGGCAUUGUGUCCAGUCUCUUAACUAUUGCUGGUCUGACUCUGGCACCUACAACAGCAGGGGUCAGUUUGACACUGUCAACAACUGGUAUGGGGUUGGGAACAGCAGCUGCUGUGACCAAAGUAUCCACCAGCAUUGUGGAACACUUAAUCAAAUUAUCAGUGGAAACUCAAGCCAAGAGCCUGGAAUCUGAAGGAAUCAACCCAAGAGAAGUGAUCAAGGAACUUCUAUGUAAUAUUGGACCCAAGAUUCUAUCUUUAGGAAAUAAUAUUUUUAAAGGAGUUAAUGGCAUUAUGAAGACUGUCAAUGCCAUCAAAUUGGCCCAAGCCAACCCUAAGUUAACAGACAAUGCCACACAUCUUUCCAGCAUUGGAAAAGUCCCUACCCAAAGUGACUUGCUGGUGCAGGAAGCAUAUGAAGGGACUGCCCUGGCUAUGAGCAAAGGAGUCCAGAUCCUGGGCAUGGGAACUAAAGGGCUCUUUAUUUUCCGUGAUGUGGUCAGCCUUGUGCAGAAGUCAAUUGACUUGAAUAAAGGGGUAAAGACUGAGACAGCUGAAAAUGUGAGGCAGCGGGCAAAGGAACUACAGAAAAUGUUGGAAGAUCUCAAGGAUAUCAAUGAGUAUCUUCAGAUGGCCUGACUUUGUAUCUCUUUCCCCACCACCCACCACACCUAAGGAUGCAAGGAAUAGAAAUUUGCAUAAAGGAAAGGUGCUAAGGUUCCUAUUUGAUUGAGUAUAUCAUGACUAGAGCAAAAUGUUUGACCACCUGUGAAUAUUCAACUUUGUUGCAAAUACAAAAAGACCUAGCAUCCCACAGUGACCUUGGGAUGUCUAAUGCAUUUCAUUAUAAUGGCUUCAUAAUACAUUAGCAUUGUGGUUUUCUUAUGCAUUAUGAGUAAAUACAGGUAUACAGUACAUACAGUUAUAUUUCACCCAGAUUGUCAA